GGAAUUUGCAAUAGGUCCCGCCCUUUUUCGGCGUGAUUGAUCGUAUACUGUCAAAGCUGGCUUGUCUUCGGAGAGCAGGGCUGCGCAGGGCAACCUGGAGGAUUUCACGAUUGCUUGAGUUAACUGCGCAGGCGUCAGAGCGCGAUGGCGAUGUUACCGGCGGCUGGCCGAAGCGUGGUGUUUGUCACCGGCAACGUUAAGAAACUGGAGGAGGUGAUUCAGAUUCUAGGUGACUCCUUUCCAUACAAAUUGGUGGCAAAGAAACUAGACUUACCUGAGUACCAAGGGGAGCCUGAUGAUAUUUCUACCCAGAAGUGCCUGGAAGCAUCAAAGCAGAUUCAGGGACCAGUUAUAGUGGAAGAUACCUGCUUGUGUUUCACUGCUCUUGGAGGUCUCCCAGGGCCAUAUAUAAAAUGGUUCCUAGAAAAGCUAAAACCAGAAGGUCUCUACAAACUGUUAGCGGGAUUUGAAGAUAAAUCUGCUUACGCUCUCUGCACCUUUGCUUUCAGCACUGGAAAUCCAGAUGAUCCUGUAAAGUUAUUCAAAGGCCAAACUCAAGUUUCUUCCUUUGCUGGUUUGAACGUUGUAGCCUAAUCCAUAGGAAAAGAAAGACUUUAAAAUUCAUUUUUAAUUAAUUGUUCUGUCCGGAAAUUUCUCCUUGUUUCUAGGUUGGUUCUCUUAAUUAAUUUCCAUCCACUUCUUGUCCUACCUUCAGAGGCUGUGGAAAAUAGUUGACACCCUCUUUGUGGCAGCCCCUGAAAUAUUGGAACAAUGCUGUCAUCUCACCCCCAGUCCUUCCUUUUGCUAGAUUAGACAAAUCCAAUUCCUGCAACUGUUCUUCAUAUAUUUUAGCUUCAGCCCCCUAAGCAUUUUUAUUGCUUUUUCUGCACUCUUUCCACAGUCUGUACUCUUUUUAUAAUAUGAUCACCAAAAUUGGACACAGUGUUCUAAGUGGGAUUUUACUGAGGUUUUAUAAAUCAGUACUAAUACUUCACUAUCCGUUAAUGCAGUGUUUCUCAACCUUGGCAACUUGAAGAUGUCUG